AAAUUAAUUAAAAGAAAAAGGAGAAUUUGAACGUCUACAUUUUUUAAAAAAUUUGUUAUUUUACAAAUUAAAACAUUUCUAGAUUGGUGACUAACGACCAAGUUUUCCAUUGGCAGCGGACGUCUUCUUCCUCGAUGCGGCCAAACAAUCACCGGCAGUUAGUAACGUACACCAAGCUUUUAGCAUCUGAGGGGAAGCAAGGCAGGCACCAUCAAGCCCUUGCCCUGUUCUCCGAGAUGUUUGCUUCUCCCCACAUCCACCUCGACCCUUACGUCUUGCCGCUUGUGCUCAAAUCUGCUGCUGCCCUUCGCCUUCCCCUAUUCAUGCGUGCGAUCCACGCAUGCGCCGCCAAGUCCGGCCUCCUUCAUAGUCCGCAUGUUGCUUCUUCCCUGGUCGAUUGCUUUGGUAAAUGUAUCUCCUUGGCUGAUGCGAGGAAGUUGUUCGACGAUUGCUCCCAACGAAAUGUGAUCGUGUGGAACACCAUGAUAUCUCUAUACUGCCGCUCAAACAACCUCGUCGGUGCGCUCCAAUUGUUUGGGCUCAUGGAUGUGCAGCCUACGGAAUCUUCGUACAACUGUAUCAUUGCUGCUCUUUCGGAAUCUGGUGGAGCUUCAGGUCCAUCUCGAGCCAUUGAGUUGUGUAGGAAGAUGCAGAGUGCUGGAACAAAGCCCAACCUGGUCACAAUUUUGGCGCUUUUCCCUGCUGUCAUUGCCAUUGGAGCCUCAAAUUUUAUCAAAGAGAUUCAUGGGUUUGCCCUCAGGAAUCUAAUCCAUCCAAAUUUGCACUUUGGUAGCGGGCUAGUUGAAGCUUAUGCGUGGUGUGGUUGCUUAUCCUAUGCCCGUAAUGUGUUUGAACAAAUGGAGGAGAGGGAUGUAGUUUCAUGGACUUCCAUGGUGUCAGCCUAUGCGUUGCAUGGGCAUGCUGCUUCUGCAAUGUCGGUGUUUAAGCUAAUGGAGUUGGAUAGCAUCUGGCCAGAUAAGAUCAUGUUCCUCAGCAUUCUGAAAGCCUGCAGUCAUUCAGGCCUUGCCGAUGAUGCUUUGAAGUAUUUUGAGGUCAUGACUGGGGUCUAUGGAUUAAUUGCCUCCAGCGAGCAUUACUCAUGUUUGGUGGACUUGUUGAGCCGAGCAGGGAGACUAAAGGAGGCUUAUGAGGUUAUCAAGGGAAUGCCGGGAAAUGCCACAGUCAAGGCUUGGGGGGCACUUCUUGGAGCUUGCCGCAGCUAUGGAGAAGUUGGGCUCGCUGAGAUUGCUGGCAAAGAACUUUUCGAGAUUGAGCCAGACAAUGCAGGCAAUUUUGUGUUGCUUGCCGGCAUAUAUGCUAGUGCUGGAAAGUUUGAGGAGGCUGAGAGAGUGAGGAGGUUAAUGGAGGAAAGAGGUGUGGCACUGAGCGGAGGUUCUAGCUGGGUUUCCUCAUAGUUCCUGAGGUCUAGUCAAGACUUAUGCUGCCAGACAACUGCAAUUGCUGGAGAUGAGCUUUGACUCCCAAUUAGCUGAAUGCUGAUUAAAAGAUUUUACUCUUUGGGAUCUAGUGUAAGCCCUUUGUUUUAUGCUGUCCUUUGGCUAUCAUAUUAACUCAUCCUAAGCGUAUUAACUUUGUCAAAAAAAACAUCAUGGUUAUUUAGGGAAUUGCUUUUGAUGUAAGUGCAUGUUGUUCAUUUACAGAAUUUAGUGAAAUUCAGCAAGGUCACCUAGGUUAAUUCAAUGUGUACCAUUGUUCAAAGACCUCUGGGACAAAAUUGGUAUGAAUUAUAUAAAAACAUAGAGAAAUUGUAUUAGCUCAGUUAUUGCAUGAACUUGUAACUGAUGUUUUGUAUCCAUAAAUUCACAGAUAUAUCUGCUUUCAGA